ACUCCAUAGGCUUUGUCUAUGCCUAGUGGCUGACAACCCUCUGUUUCUGAUACUGUAUAGAUUUUUUUUAAUGCUCAAGAACCACUCAUAUUGUAUUCUAGAUUCAAAUUGAAUGUACAUCUGAUGAUAUACAAAAGAAAUUCAGGGUCAAAACCUCAGCGAAUCAGGUGGUUUGAUCUGUUGAGGAUCUAAUCUCAAUCUGUCUCUCACUACUGCAGCUUGCAGAAAGGUCCUCUGUGUAGACCACAAUGCAAAAGUGAUUGUCCACAGAGAGAGAGAGAGAGAGAGAGAGAGAGAGGAUAAAAGCUGUGCAGCACUGUGGAGACAGGUAAGAGAUGAGAGAGAUUUGAUACUACUGUGGUUUUCCAUGCAUGUUUGUUUCUCAGGCUACUGCAAAAUUCUCAAAGGAGCUAAAGGCUGAGGAAGGAAACAACCACAAGCAGAUUCACCAUUUCUGUCCACAGCACACAAGACAAACAUGAAAAGAGUUAAAGACUAAAGAGGAAAAAAAGGAACCAUUUAAAAUGGUCACAUUGAAGCCUGCAGCUGCAUGCAGUGUGGUUCAAUGAAUAAGGAGGCAUGAUGACAUCCAAUAAAAACUUUAAAGCACCUUUAAAACAACAAAGCAGCCUGGACAGCUACAUAAUCGACAACUCUCAAAAGAAGAAAAACAUACUGUGGCGACGACGCUCUUUCAGCAGUGCCAAAAAUUCGACUACCGAAGAGAUCAAAGAUGUGACAUUAUCACGCAGUAAGCUGCACAGAACUCACUCAAGAUCUUUAGUGGAUUAUACUGAUCCUCAGAGAACAAUGGUAUUAUUGGAGAAACAAGACAAUGAAGCCUUUGGAUUUGAAGUUCAGACAUAUGGUCUUAAGGUGAAAAACAGCAGUAUGGUGGAGAUGUGUACAUUUGUUUGCAGUGUGCAAGAUGGCAGUGCAGCUGAAACUGCAGGUUUGACUGCUGGUGACAUCUUAUUGUCAGUAAAUGGUGUCAGUAUUGAGGGAUCUACCCACCAGCACAUUAUUGAGUUGAUUCGAGAAUCUAAUAACAUGCUGAAGUUGGAGACGGUCAGUGGGAAUGUUAUGAAGAGAAUUGAAUUAGAGAAAAAGAUGCGCUAUCUUAAGCAAACCCUUCGUGAGAAAUGGGUGGAACUGCAAUCUCUCACACUUCAGGAAAAGCGUCUUACUCGAGGUAAUUUGAAUGAGAGUGCUCAGAGUCUGUCUGUCGACUCGCUGAUGUCUCUCUCAUCUCCAACUGGCCGCUCUGGGCAGCGUUUUUCCAGUGACAGCAGUUGCCGCAGCAUAAUGACAGAUGAUAGUGAGGAUGGAGCUUUCAUGUCAUCAGUAUUUGAUGACUCAAGUCCGUUCAGCCCAACUGAGCCAAACGGAGGCUUCUUCCAGCUGGAAGUGGGGGCCUUGCAACCCCUGACAAGAACACGCAGCAUUAGCCUGGCCAGCAGUAACGGUUCACUCUCCCCAAGCUGGGAACAUUCAUCUUUUUCCAUCUUUGGGACGCUGCCAAGGAGAGGCAGGAAAGGUAGUGUCCGCAAGCACCUUCUAAAGUUCAUACCUGGACUGAAUCACUCUGUAGAAGAAGAAGAGGGCAGCUAAAACAUAAUUUCUACCACCAUUGACUGCUGAUCUGAUGAAUCCUUUGACAUUGAGCAGUAGGAGAUUCAACCAGUUAAAGAAAACGUCAAAACGUUAUAGAAAAAAAUGCUAUACAAUAACUGAUGGGCAUUCAUGACUUACCUGCUUUAAGUGUUGAUGAAAUGAGGGGAGGAAUCUCACAUGAGCAUUACGGACUGCAUGGCAGCAACCUUUGUGUUAUUUUCUGUCUUUUUUGUUUUGUUUUUUUCUCACAAGGGACCAAAGCAUUACGACUUCCCUAAGAUUCAGCACUGAAAUAAACAACUGGCAUUAACCAAACUGAAAACCAACUGUAUUGAUAUAUUUUUUAGAAUUGCGUACACUGUUUCCACUGCUUUAAUUGAGUGGUUUAGAUUUCAGUCCCACAAGCUCAUGAAUGUGUCCUAGAUACUCAAAAUCUCGAAGUCUCUCAUCUGAUAUCUAUAGAUUGCAUAUCUAUAGAUCGCGUAUCCACUGUAGCAUGCAAAAGACAUAGGGGUGCUAGGAAGCUCUAUCUCAACACAGACUUGUUGUUUCAUAAUGUUAAUUAAUCAUGCACCUUGCUACAGUCCAAAGUCUUAAACUUAACACAAAUGCAAGUGUGUUACUUUUUUUACUCUUUCUUCUAAAGCCAAUUUUCUCAUUUAGAUUAACUACUGUCUUGAUGAAGCAAGAAUCUGAAAAGAAUUUAGCUACCUGAAUAAUAACAUAUCUGGUAUAAUUAGAGUAAUACUACAGUAUCCUUCAGUAUUAGGGUCUAAUAAUGUAAGAAUUAUGUUGAUGAUACACGGGGCAACUUUUUGAGCAAUUUAGACAGGCAGCUUUUUUUGAGCAAUGUUGCUUGGGUACUUUCACAUUGAGAAUUGAUAACAAAUGUCUGUCUGGAUACUUUAGGUCUGUCGUGGGUAUUUUUAUGUAUACUCUGUUAGAAGUCAUGUAAUCCUGAUCUCAGAUUAGUUUAGAUCAAAACUUUAAAUCCUUGACGGCAUGAAAAACGUCUGCUCUGUAGUGAAUGUGUGACAUGAACAUUAAGUGUUGAAUUGAAAAGACUCAGAUGUCGAGUGACAGAGCUCCAAACCACAGCAGGUAUAGAAAUUCAUAACAGGAUGUGGUCUGAUAGAGGUGCUACCAUACCACCUUUUUUUCUUUCUUUCUUAAGUGUUCCAUUUAACAGACCGUUUUAUUUAAUCUAAUUUGAAAUAUAUUAUUAUUAUAGUAUUACAAAAAAAUUAAUAUAUUUAAACUCAGUUUAAAUAUAUGAAUAAUUAUAAAUUAUAUUAAAUACAUGAUGAAUGUGA